GGUGUCUCUGUCCUCAUCCCCUUUGUAAUCGCCGUGCGUGCACGCGGAAAUAGGUGUUGGUUACGGGCUCGUUCCCGAUACUGAACGCGGUGACGUACGUUAUCCGCCGCCUGUUGGUCUUUCACAGUUGGUGACGAGUGUUAUGAAAAUGGCCUCGACCCUGCCCGUAGGAACGAACAGCCGGAGAAGAUGACGAUGUUGAGCUUUUUAAGUCGGCUGAACACCAAAGUGUCUUCUUUGAACACGUAGGUAUUCGUGGAGUUAACGGAAACGGAGAGACUCUCGGCGAGGAAACGGCUAAAAAUACCGCAGACCACCGCAUAUUUUCGCUGGGCUCGGGAGCCACCAUGGAGGAUAUCAACUCUAAUAUCAACGCGGACUUGGAGGUGCGGAAGCUCCAGGACUUGGUGAAGAAACUCGAGCAGCAAAACGAACAGCUUCGGAGCAGGUCGACGAUGUUGUCCUCGUCCGGGGCCAUGUCAGGGAACCACAGACCCCUCAGCGCCGGCUACGACCCGUCGUCCCUGUCCGCGGGGAUGGCAGCCGGUCUGGCCGGCUUCCCUGGGGUGGGGUUCGUCGGUACGGGGGGCUACGGUGGGCUGCUGGAGAACAACCGCUGCCUGAGCCCCCGGCUGUCCUACGACGGCAUCAGCUUCAGGAGGGCGUAUGAAUGUGACGGGGCAUCGGCCGCCACCUCCGUGUCGAGUAUGAACUCACUUUAUUCAGACACUACCGGGAGCUAUAAAGACGAAGGGGAAACCACGAUCCUAGAUGAAGUGGAAAUCUUAGAUCUCGAAGAUAUGGACUGUCUACACGAAGACGAGGACAGCUGGUUGUACGAGGCGAAGCUGAACAGUCCCCUGCAAAAGACCUUGAGUCCUGUUGUGUGGUGUCGCCAAGCUCUGGAUCACCCCAGUCCCGAGAUGGAGUCUGCAAAGCGCUCCCUCAUCCACAGGCUGGACCUCACUAUGUCAGCCAACAAGCGCAGGAGCCUGUAUGGAAGUCCCUACAACCAGCAGAGUUAUGGAAGCCCCUACAGCACAAACGCAGCUAACAGCCCUUAUAGCAGUGGCUUCAACUCCCCCUCCUCCACCCCCAGCAGAGUGCCCAUCGUCAGACAACAGUUAAUGCCCAGUAACGCAGCACACCAGCGAAACGUGGCAGCAGACAGGAAUCCUCCGGCUGUGAGUCCGCAGUCGUCGGUGGACAGCGAGCUGAGCACCUCAGAAAUGGAUGAGGACUCAGUGGGCUCAUCAACGACCUACAAACUCAACGACGUCACCGACGUCCAGAUACUGGCACGCAUGCAGGAAGAGAGUCUGAGGCAGGAUUACGCCGCCACAGCAUCCAGACGGAGUUCGGGUUCGUCCUGCCACUCGCUGCGGCGCAGCACCUUCAGCGACCAGGAGCUGGACGCGCACAGUCUGGAGGACGACGAGGAGGCGGUGCACCCGGCCUUCCACCUGCCCUCCAGCCGCUUCAGCCCCUCGCCUCGCCACUCUCCCCGCGCCUCCCCCAGAAAUUCUCCCCGCUCGCGCUCCCCUGCCCGCUCCAUCGACUACAGCCACAGCCACAGCCGCGGCUCGCCUCAGCCCAUCAUCAGCCGCCUGCAGCAGCCCCGCCACUCUCUGCAGGGCCACGGGCACGACAUGCAGACCAACGUGGUGAAGAACGAAGAAAAGCUGCGUCGUAGUCUUCCCAACCUCACGCGCUCCUCGGCGGCGGCGGCGGCGGCGGCGCAGGCGCAAGAGCCCGUCAAGAACAGCCGCAGCUGCGAGUCCAACCUGCAAGUGCCAAACGGCGGCUCUCCCCGACACCAGAGCCAGUCUGCUACAGCAGCUCACGUCCCGAGAUACUCAACCCCUUCUCGCUCCUCCCCGAAACCCAAACAGCACCUCCAAAGCCCAGCUGCCCUGAGAGUCCCACUCUCCUGUUGCUUUGGAGAAGAAAGUGAUUUCAUCCCUUCUCCCAGCAAGCUGCGAACCCCCGCCACCCCUUCCCCGCUGGCCUUGAGGCAGCCGGUAAAGGCCACAUCCACCCCCAAUUCUGCCAACUCCACCCCCACCCGCUCCCUGGCUCCCCCACGUAGCGGCCUGCCUCGACCCAGUGCUAGUGCGGGAGGAGGCAUCCCUCUGCCCCGCAGUAAACUGGCCCAGCCCGUGCGCAGAUCUCUUCCUGCUCCUCGGAGCUACAGUGGAACAGGUGACAACUGGAGAGAAGGUUGUUACUGAAGCGGGCCAGCAGGGGGCUCUGCAGUCACACUAUCGACACAAGGAGGCAGACAUGACAACAUGGCACUUUAUCUACUACCUAGAUAACUUUUACAGUCGAGAGAGAGAGAGUGACUAGGGCUCUAAUAAAUAUCUACAAUUCACAAUAUUAAAAAAAAAAAAAAAAAAGGAGAGGACAGCGUCCACCUGGCGUCCACCUCCUCCCAUCGUGCUCCUCUGUGGGGUCUGGCUCUGGAGGGAUCAGGCAUGCAGUGCAGACAACCAGGUAAAUGCCAAAGAAACCAGCCCGACUCCAGCUCCGACAGCAGAGGACACAUCACCUGCCUUGGUUCGGCUGCGAUCAUCUGUCAGACUGUCCAUAUCUCUACAUGCCCGGCUUCCUUUUCCUCCCCCUCCUCCCUCCUCCUCCUUCCCCCUCUGUUCCUCCUUCACCUCCCUCAGGUUGAAAUGUUUCCACACAUUUCUCUCUUUAUGCUCUGUGUUUAACAGAUGUUGGUGGGCGAUCUCUAUGACGAUGCUGUGCAGGUGAACUGUGCCGUAAUGUUAGAGAAUUGUUGAUGUCUUGCAACAGUGAAAGCACCUGUGUGUGGGUAUAACAUUUAAGAAUCGUUCCUCUUGUAAAAUCAGCCAGAAUGUAUGCACAAGUUUGUUUUGGAAAUUAUUUAUUCAAAUUAUUUAAGAUGUGUAUGUCCAAACAUCCAUAUCAGUAUUUUGUUUUUAAAAUUUCAGUUCUUUUAAGAAAAAAAAAAAUGUACAUUUUGAACCUCAACUUCAAGCUAACUCUCCAAAGCCUUUAUUUUUUUUUUCUUUUAAAGUGUCAGAUCAAGACGUGUGAGACACCCAGUUGAUUAGCGACACCUCGGCCAAAGCCUCAGUUUGACCCGUACCACGGUUUGCCAAGAUGACUUUUAAAAAAAAAGCCUGAACUAUUGUGUAUCUUUUACCCAUUCAGCCAAUGAAACCAAGAAAAGUUUGAUGUGCUUCAUUAAUUCCCCCUUCACAGAUCUGUCGGUGUGUAACGUUCAUGCGAUGAAAGCAUCCUGUCUCGAACAAGGAGACAAGUUAAAUACGUUUUGACUGGAUUUUACCUCUUGUGCUAUGCGAAUGAAUCAAAAGGCAUGCCAGUGUUAGGGAAGGUGUUCUGGUAAUUGGUGUGGUGGGUGUUCUUAAAACUAGUGCCUAUAAUUUAGAGUUUCACUUGGGUUUGAGCAUCAUGUUUUGUUUGUAUCAUUUUGUGCCAACUUUGCCAAUAUUGUUUGCAUCUCUGCUCAUUUGAUUUGCUUGCCUUCGUUUGUCUUUCUAAUGGAAUCAACACAUUUAUAAUUGCUUUAAAAGUGUUUAUAAUGCGCCUUCAUAUUUAUAACUAAUUAGUCAUUAUGUAAAUGAAACUAUUUAUUAAAGAGAGAGGUGCCUCUGUCAAAGCUCAGUUUCGGUGGGAAGCUAAGGACGAAUGUUGCAAAAAGACAUACCACACCUUUUGUGUGAACGUUUUUGUUAUUGAACUUUUUUUUAUAUCCACAAACAUGACAUUCAGUUUCCCUGUGUAAAGCCACAUUUCAAAUAAAAGCUGAAAACGUGG